UUCUCCUCAUGACGCUGGUCCGCUCACUGCCGCUCUCUUGCAGGGAGUAACGUUAUUGCUGAGCAACGGAGGGGGAGAAGGCCGACGCACAGAGCCAGACUGAACUGCUGCAACGGCAGGGCUGGGCUCCACACACACACUCACGCACCUUCAGCAGCAACGCACACUAGAAAGGAAAAAGGGAUGGCGUAGCUGUGUUGUGCUGUCAGUGGUCUAUCAGCAGUGAGCUACCUGGACCAGAGGUGUGUACCAGAGGCAGCAACAAGGUGCAGAGAUGAGUGUGACCUCAUGGUUCCUGGUGAGUAGCGGGGGCACUCGCCACCGGCUCCCCCGGGAAAUGAUCUUUGUCGGCCGGGAUGACUGCGAGCUUAUGCUACAGUCCCGCAGUGUGGAUAAGCAGCAUGCAGUCAUCAACUACGAGGCUGGGACUGAUGAACACAAGGUCAAGGACCUGGGCAGCCUGAAUGGGACCUUUGUAAAUGAUGUUCGCAUCCAGGAGCAGAUGUACAUCACUCUGAAGUUGGAGGACAAGCUGAGGUUUGGAUAUGAUACCAACCUGUUCACGGUGGUGAGAGGAGAGCUCACUGUUCCUGAGGAAGCUUUAAAGCAUGAAAAGUUCACCAGCGGCCUCCAACUCAGCAAGAAGCCAUCCAAUGGCGAUACUACUACGGCCACAACCACAAGCAAAUCUCCCAUGAAGACCCCAACAAAAACACUGAAGUCCCCCAGUGGUGGUGCCUCAAGGCAAGGGGAGAGCAGAGCAGCAGAUGGGGUCAUGCCCCUCAAAGAGCCAUCAGCUAAACCUGUGGACAGUCACAGAGCAGAGGAGAGGAUAGGAGGGGAUGUCACAGCACUGCCUCGUGGGACCCCUCUGUACGGCCAGCCAUCUUGGUGGGGGGAUGGGGACGCAGAUGAUGAGAACUCCUUCAAACAGGAAACCAAGUCAUCCACCAAAAAACAUGACAGCUCCCUUUCAGUGAAUAGGCUGUGUUGUCAGAGUCCUCCCCCUCCGCUUGUGUAUUGUCACUCAGGCCGAUUGGGUUACGCCAUUGCACCAGCUCCCCCAUUCCUCCCAACACACACACUCGUACACUCAUCGUACAAACAGACCACUCUCUCACUCUACACACUGCAGAGAUCAUUAGUUAACCACUCUUUAAUUCUCCACAGCAAAGAGGCGCGGCGAGGGGAGAAGGCUAAGGAAGACGGCCUUCAUGCACCCACCGCCCACGAUUCCAGUUACUUUGAAAUCCCUACCAAGGAGGGUCACAUGGCUAAUAACGGCAUCCAUGAAAUUCCCACUAAGGACACGGAGGGCAGUACCACUCACGCCACUACAGCUCAAGGUCACGCCUCCUUCACCAUAGAGUUUGACAACACUUCUCCAGGGAAAGUCACAAUUAAAGACCAUGUGUCAAAGUUCACAUCUGACCACCACAGAUCUCGCUCCAAGAAAAGUGGAGCAGGAAGUGGCGGCACUGGAGGGAGGGACUUGAGCACACUUCAAGCGGCUAUGAUGGCAUCGGAGAGCAAGGUGGCUGAUUGGCUGGCCCAGAACGACCCCACUCUGGUGCGCAGCGAGUCAACGGAGGAUGACAGCAAGAGCAUCAAAAGCGACGUGCCGGUCCAUCUCAAAAGACUGAAAGGCAGCAAGCAUGAGGAUGGCACCCAGAGUGACUCUGAGAAUGGACUGGGCCUGCGUUUUGCCAAUCGCCGCCAUGCCCUUGAGGAGCGUCUAAAAGCAGCACACGGCCACGUGGGAGGAGGAGCGGGAGGAGCGGGAGGAGCAGGAGGUGGGAGCAUAACAGUCAGCGGGACCCGAGCGACCGGCACCCGAACUGCCUUCAUGAUUGAGUUCUACGACGAGGAAAACCCUCGCAAGCGCCGGUCAUAUUCAUUUUCCCAGACUGCACCCCUGCUGGGAGGAGGAGCUGGUGGGGAGGGACUGUGUCCUCAGCCUCCAUCUCACCCCAAGGUGUUCAGCAUUUCCACCUCUGCUACUACAGCCUCAGAUUCAGGUAAAGUCCCAGCUCCAAUACCGGCUACAGUAGCUGUAGGUGCCCCUACGGCUGCCCGCGUGCUGCUCAAGCAGCGGUCCGAGGACCCGAGUAUCAGUCGGAGCUCAGCCAGCACCGGGCUGGCGACAGGUAGCCCCACCAGCCCCAGCGAGGACGCCUCGGUCGUGGGGAGAGGAGCGGGUACAGCUAGAGGAGAGGCAGAGGAUGACCACAGUGACAAGGGGACCUACACUAUAGAACUGGAGAACAGGAACCCAGAGGAAGAGGAGGCCAGGCGCAUGAUAGACAAGGUGUUUGGUGUUCAGCAGAACCAAGACUCCUCUGUUCUGUCAGACCUGAAAGGAGAAGGAAAAGGAAAGGAGACCGGAGAGACAGAGAAAGAGGCUCUUCCUGGUGACUCAAGCUGGGUCUCACAGUGGGCCAGUCUAGCUGCAAAUCACACCAGGACAGACCCAGAGGGAUCUGGAGCAGAGACAGCCGCCUUCCUGCACAAAGAGAGAGGAGCUGAUGCCUUUGAGUCUGGUGCAAUACUCAGCAGAGAUGAAUCCUCCUCCAGUUUGACCGACCGUAAGCGCAGGACCCUCCCCCAACUCCCCCUUGAUGACCCCCGGGCUAAAUCCAGCACCAAAGCUCUGAGGUCUGAAAUUGGGGAGAAGCAGGACACUGAACCCCAGGAAAAAGAGAACAAGGGAGACGGGGAGUCCCCAACUCCCAUGGAGGACAGUGACAUGACCAGUAAACGGAAACAAAGCUCCACUUCCUCUCCAUCCAAGGCUCCCUUCGGACCUCCUGGCAGCACUGAGCGGAGGAAGAGGUCAGAGGAGAGGAAAGGAGGAGGAACAGGAGCAGGAGCAGGAGAAGGAGGAGAGAAGUCUGGAAAGCCUCUAGUGCGCCAGGGGAGCUUCACUAUUGAGAAGCCCAGCGCUAAUGUCCCCGCAGAGCUCAUCCCACGCAUCAACAGAGGCGGCAAUGGGCGCGAGCGCAGCGACUCUGUUGGCAGCAUGGACACAGCCACGCUCUUGAAAGACACUGAAGCUGUCAUGGCAUUCCUGGAGGCCAAACUAAGAGAUGAAAACAAACUAGACCAGAAAAGUAGCAAGACUGGCACCACCGCUCAGGGUUCAGGUUCUGGCUUCCCCCUUCGGACUGACUCCAUCUCUCCUGAGUCAGAUGUAGACACGGCCAGCACAGCUAGUCACGUGGCUGGAGAGCCAGACAGGAAAGCUGCAACUGGAGGCAUACAAAAACGGCGUUCCCUCAGCAGCAUGCACCGGGAGAAGAGCAACAUGAGCACAGCUUCCAAGACCAGCGUCACUAACGCAAGUGCCCGUGAGCGCUUGGAGAGGAAGACUAAAACAAGAACUGUGGAGGCAACAAGCCGGACUGAUGCACGCCGCUCUGCUCAGCCGUCCUCUGCCUCCUCCAGAGCUCGUCAGCCUUCACUGGAUCUAACUGAUGAUGACCAGACUUCUUCCUUCCCCAUCUCUGAUAUCCUUUCCUCAGACCAAGAGACCUACUCUGGACCGAUGGGGCACUCCACACAUGGACGCGGAUUAGACGAUGCCCUCCAUUCCAAACUCGACAGCCGGUCUGCGAAGACCUCCACCAGUGGUUCCUCUAAAACCAGCCGCACUCUCCAGGCGGCCACGACCUCCUCCCUGAACAAGCAGGCCUCACUGCCUCAGCCACGGCCCACGAGAGCCUCCCUCCUUCGCCGCGCCCGGCUCGGGGAUACGUCAGACACGGACCUAGCGGAUGCAGAUAGGGUGUCUGUGGCUUCUGAGGUGUCCACCACCAGCUCCACCUCUAAGCCGCCAUCUGGUCGUAAGGGAAUGUCAAGACUGGACUUGCUCGCUCAGCCGCGUAGGAACCGUCUGGGCUCCAUCUCGGCCCGCAGUGACUCAGAGUGUACAGUGACCAGGAGUUCCACCUCUUCACCCCGCCUGUCAGCCGAGACCGCUCUGCGUCUAGGCUUGCGCUCAUCAACACCCACAGAGAACAGACUGACACCCAGGAUGAGGGCCAACAGCGUGUCCAAACUGAAUGAGGCCAAGACUAAGACCACUACAUCUGGAUACUGCUCGCCCACAGAGAGCCCUCAGCCCGAACCUGAGGGUGGUGAUGCAGAGGAAGAGCUCAUGGUGUCCAGCAGCAGCAGGUGGAGACGUCUGCCGCCGGAGUACGGCUCCACCUCAGAGGAAGAGUUUGGCUCCAACCGGAAUUCUCCCAAGCACGGGGGGCGCUCCCACGUCCGGCCUCAUCACCUCGUCCCACACCGCAGCUCAAGGCUCAGCGCCACCACGGGUCCAGGCUCUGCCGCGGUGACGGGUCCGGGCGGAGUCGGGAUCAAACAUCGCAUGAAAGAGCAAGAGGAGUACAUCAGGGACUGGACAGCACACAGCGAGGAGAUAGCCAGGUUAUUCCCCUGUGUGCGCAGGAUCAGCCAGGACCUGGCUAAGGACCUAGCCAUCUUGGCCCGAGAGAUCCACGAUGUGGCUGGCGAGAUCGACUCGGUCAGCUCAUCCGGCACGGCGCCCAGCACCACGGUCAGCACCGCCGCCACCACCCCGGGAUCAGCUAUUGACACCCGGGAAGAGUUGGUGGACCGGGUGUUUGACGAGAGCCUAAACUUCAGGAAGAUACCGCCUGUGAUUUCAACCAAUAAGGCACCAGAGAUCAACGGUAAGCCGGUGGAGCUCCGCCCCCGUGCUCCCGACAGCUUGGAGCCGCGAGCUCUGAGGAGACGCACCUGGAACCGAGAGGAGGCGGUGUUGGACAGCCUGCUGCUCAAUUCAGUUUCUCAGCUAUCCACCAAGAUCAGACACUCUGUCGACAAAACUGCAGGAAAAAUCAGGAUUCUGUUUAAGGAUAAAGACAGGAACUGGGAUGAAAUUGAGAGUAAACUGCGAUCGGAAAGUGACGUACCACUCCUGAAAACUUCCAACAAGGAGAUUUCCUCAAUUCUGCUUGAACUGAAGAGAGUUGAGAAGCAGCUUCAAGUGAUCAACGUCAUGGUAGACCCAGAUGGGACUCUGGAUGCCCUGGCCAGCCUUGGCCUGACCAGCCCCACCACGCCUACCAGGCCCCUAACCGCCAAAACAACUUCCCCCUCUGCCACCAGCUCUGGGUCCGCACCCCCAGCCAAAGAAUCGCUGCCGGAGAUCCUUCCUGGGCCUGGAGGAUCAACAGCCUCCGGCAGGGUUCAGGCUUCCUCUGUCAGCACGGAGGAAACCGCACGAGACCCCGGUGUGGGUCUGGGGUUAGCAGGAGUCGGAGGUCUGCCCUUCAACCGCAUGCGGCCGAGCGGAGAGGAGGCCAUUGCACAGAAGUGAACGUGAAGUUUCCCUGAAAUCAAGGUUAUGUGAAUAAACAUGAGUCUGGAUUGGAGUGCAGGUGGCUGGUAAUCAGUAUUAACAACAUUUAAAGUUUUUUUUUGACAGUUGCCAUUGACUAUACCACUUCAAGAUUAUGGAUACAACAUCAAGAUAAUUUCGCAGAGAUGUGGACGGAAAUAAAGUGUUUCAACUUAAAACUCCACUGGCUAAUCUGCAACUGAUGCAUCAUGGAUAAACCCCUUGACUGGAAAUUGACCCAUGAAUGAUCUGGAUAUAUGUCACAUUAUGAGCUUUUCAACCCUAAACUACUCAUGCUUACAAGCCAGCCUGACUUCCUGAUGGACUAAAUGCUACGCAGCUGCUCUCUGUGAACAGAUCUUUGUGGCUGUACAGUCUCACACUCUCCCUCCAGUCUUCUCCUCUUGCCUUCUCCAUGUGUCUGGACCCUACCUACACUAAUGACAUGCCUUAAUACACACCCUCAAUAGUAGCAGUGUAAACCUUCAUCCCCUCGAAUAAUAUAUGAGACAACCUUUAAGACUUUAAUACAGUACUUUCAGACAAACAGAAUGCAUUGUAAAAUAACACUUGCAAAAGAUGUUCUAUUUACACUAUGAUGAAAUACAACACUGCAAUAAUUUACUAUCUCUUAUUCAGUAAAAAGAAUAUUUCAGCAGCCUUAAGUAACCACCCUGACAAACUACACUGUCAUAAACAGACAUGCUUUAUGCCUAAAAUAGUUCACAAAUUAAGCAGAAUUGCAGAAGUUUUAUAUAUUUCAUAACUCUAACUGUCCGUCCAUUGAACCAUCUCUGAAACCGACUCUGUUAAAAAAAAGUUUUUAGUGCCUCCUCAUCUCUGUGCUCACCCAUAUUUCCUUCAUCCAUUUUCUUUUACUCUUACCCUCCCUUCCUCUCUCUCUUUCCCAGUAGUUGGGGAUAAAAAAGUGUUACACACAGUUUGUCACUUCAGUAGCAUGUACAGGACAGAGCUGAGAGCUGUCUACCUGCAAGUUGGUGUCUGUGUUGAUCUUACUAAUACUGAAUGGUAGUUUUAAACAAUAGUCACAGCCUAUGGGAAACCAAUGAUCAUUUUGAGUCAAAAAUAAUCAAUUACCAAAGUUAACCAUUUUCUUGAUGUAUGUCAUUUUCAAACAGUAGAGCCAUCUUGAAAUUCAUCUGUUGUGCAAAAGCUGAUAUGGCAGUUCAUACUGUGUGUUAUAGAAGUAACCUUCCUGUGCAGUUCACCUCUUUCUCUGAAUGUCAAGACCCCUCACAAAGUCUAUUUAUUAUAUUGAAACACUAAGUUUAAUCAUCGCUGCCAUAGCUUUCUUUGGACCAUGUGACAUGGCCUGUUAGAAUCAGCGCUCUUAGCCUUUUGCUGUAAGUACAUCCACUCAAGUGUCCUAUGAUUUCCAAUUGGCUUUUUUCUACUUUUUCCAGUCACAGGGGAUGUGACUUCUUUUUAAACUAGCAACGAUGAGCAAAGAAAAUAACUUUAAACUAAAUAUUUUAUAAUAUUUAGAUACUGGUGUUGUAAUAUAGAUACUAUAGGCCUUUGCUUUUUAAUGCUUUGAGUCACCUCACAACAAUUUUUUUUUUUUUUUUAAAUCUGUCACUUAACAGUUUGAGCUCAUGUUACACACAAAACCUGAACGUGGGAAAAGCUGCUGGAUCUAGUUUUAAAUAAUGUCUUGUCAAAAGAGAACACGGGCAACUUACAAGGAGCCCUUUUGUGAUUCAAAAUGUAUCUUUAAGGAACAUCAGUGAGUGGAAAUGAUCAAGCUCCCCAUCUAUUUUUUUAAUUUUGCUUGUAAUACGGCUUCAUAUCAGUGUUUAUAAAGAGGGUUCAUUGUUCUCUCUCCACCAGCGGGGGAAGUCCCAGCAUCCUGAUACUGUAGGAUUGCAGACAGACAGUAUAAUUAACCUCUUUCUCAUCGAUCUUUGCUGCUUUUCGAGUUACUUUAUGGGGACUAACCAUUUUCUGAAUCUCUCUUCAGCUUAUAGUCUGUGUUCUAGAGUAAGAUUACUUAAAGGCAGUGUAUUAGUACUUAGAUAUUCUCACAAUAGUGAAUUUAGGUACCAGAAUACAUGUUCAUUUCUUUCUCUCUUUACUGUACUGUACAAUGUCUUUCAAUGCCUCAAAGUGCCCAUUUUGACUAUAGAAGGGCAUUGAUUAAAAGAACAAAAAAGAUGUAGUUGUCUGAAAAAUUUCUCUUAUUUUGCACAUCAGAUUGUGGUGUUUUUUUCAUACAGAGGUAGUGAAGAAGCAGUGAAAGGCUGCAUCAAAUGUCAAAACAGUUUGACAAUGAUAUCACUUUGCCUGAUAUCAGAAGUGACUGCCUUGCCUCUCUGGAACUAUUCUGUCUGUACAAAUGAAGCCUCUAAUCGUGUUUUGUUUUUUCCUCCCCCCAUUUUAUCAAAAAAAUAAAAAAUAAACAAAUAGAAAAAAAAAACAAUGAAAUUAGGGGACUGUGAAUGCUAGGUACAUGUUUAUUUUUUAAAUUCUACAUGUGUCAUCUGAUCAGUGUCAUUUUUUUCUUGUCAUUUUUGUAAAGAAAAAAAACACCAUUUUAUUUAUUUUUGUUUUAAUAUUUUGUGGAUGUUUCAUGUAUUUUAUAUUUGUUCAACUAUCUGCAUUGUUUCUUACUGUUAAUAAAACAGAGCCAUUCA